AUGUAUAAGAUGGAGUAUUCUUACCUCAAUUCCUCCGCCUACGAGUCGUGCAUGGCCGGGAUGGACACCUCCAGCCUGGCCUCAGCCUAUGCGGACUUCAGCUCGUGCAGCCAGGCCGGGGGGUUCCAGUACAACCCGAUCAGGAGCACGUUCGCGGCCACCUCCGCGUGCCCGUCCCUCGCGCCGGGCUCCUGCACCCUGGGCUCCCUCAGGGACCACCAGAGCAGCGCGUACACCGCAGUCCCCUACAAGCUGUUCACGGACCACGGGGGUCUGAACGAGAAGCGCAAGCAGCGGCGCAUCCGCACCACGUUCACGAGCGCGCAGCUCAAGGAGCUCGAGCGCGUGUUCGCCGAGACCCACUACCCGGACAUCUACACCCGGGAGGAGCUCGCGCUCAAGAUCGACCUCACCGAGGCCAGAGUUCAGGUUUGGUUCCAGAACAGACGCGCCAAGUUCCGCAAGCAGGAGCGCGCGGCGGCUGCGGCGGCCGCGGCCGCGAAGAGCGGCUCCUCGGGCAAGAAGUCGGACUCCAGGGACGAGGAGGGCAAGGAGUCCAAGGCCGCCGACCCCGACAGCACGGGGGGUCCGGUGCCCAACCAGAACCCCACCUCGAGCUGCGGGGGGCCGAGUCCCACGGGAGGGCAGGUGAACGGCGGCGGGAGCGCGCCUGCGGACCAGGUGAAGUCACCGGCGUCUGCGGCCGCGGGAGUCCUCGGGGGGAGCCCGGCGAGUCAGUGCUGGGGGUCCGGACCCGGCACCAUCGCCUCCAUUCCAGACUCCUUGGGGGGGCCCUUCGCCAGCGUGCUCUCCUCCUUGCAGAGACAGAACGGCACCAAAGGCGCUCUGGUGAAGAGCAGCAUGUUCUAG